GUAAAAGAAGAUACAACAGAAAAGAAAAGCACCAAACGACCUUCUCAGGAACCUCUGCCUUAUGUUGCUUCUCUCUCUCCUAAGUCCCCCAAAACAAAAGUGCAUGCCUCUGAAGAAGAAGUAUUAUCUUCUGAGGGAGAUGGCAUGCCCAAAGGGGAAAUGCUUUCUGAAGAGUCCAAAAACUCACCACUAAAUCCAGCAAGUCCUUUGAAUCCUGCCAGCACAAGUCCUAUAAGCACUCAUACUCCAGUCUCCAGGAGUGUUUCUCAAAGUGUGCCAUGCACCUCGAGUUCAACACUGGUGGGGACCAAAUCACCUCCCAAGAGUAGUCACCAUGAAGUUACAUUCCAGAUGCAGAGGAAAAGUGAAGGAGAUCGAUGGGAAGGCUCUGCUACUACUCAAAAGUGAUGUGAUGAUGAAGUAUAUGGGGCUGAAGUUGGGGCCAGCCUUAAAGUUAUGUUACUAUAUUGAAAAACUUAAAGAAGGAAAAUACAAUUGAAAAAAAAUGUGUAAGUUUAGAUUAGACAUAAUUUUCAAUUGUCUUGAUAACUUUUUAAUUUAAAAGUAUUUUUAUUCUCGUAGCAGUUUUUGUUUUGUAGACAGUUCCUCUAAAACUACGUUAUAUCCAGAAUUGCAGAACUACAUUACAAGUCCAGUCUACUUCUUUAAAACACAUUAACAUGUUAGUAUUAGCAUAUUCAACUUGGCAGUCCUUUAUGUCUUUUUAUUAUUUUACACUUGACAGUUUAUUAUUUAAUUGUACAGCUUACACAUAUACUUAAUGCAGGAAACAGAGAAACACCGUUGAUUUUGAUUAAUGUUUAUAUAUAAAACCAAAACAGCUACAUCCCAAAGGGGAAAGUAUCAGGGACUGACAGGCUCUCUAACGAAAUCCAUGAGAAGUUUUCCUUAGAAAAGAAUUUAAAGAUGCAACUGUAGAUAGCAUCUCGUUUUCAAAUAUUUUAUGUCUGUUACUGCAAUGUUCUGUUUGUGUUCUACCAGUUUCUGGAAAGGGAAUAGCCAUAUAAGUUAUUCUCCUUGCGUUAUGAUUUCUCGGUAUGUUGUGUUCGUUCAUAUUUAAAGAAAAAAACAAGCUUACAAACUUUCAUAAAGUGUUCUAAUCAGUUUUUGAUAAAUUUCGAACAAUUGUAAGAGAGAAUGGUUGUUUUAUGCAGGAGAUAUUAUACUACAAGGGUGGUUUGGAUGGAGUCUGAUUAAAAGUUUUCAGUGAAAUACCUAUUAUUUCAAAACUUUACAUACUUUCUCUAAGCUUAGACAUUUAACUAGGCAUUCAUUUCUCAUAUCUCUAUAUGAGGACACCUGUGCCCAAAUUUUUUAGAUAUCUAUAUUUUAUUGUCUGUGUUUAUUCUUCAUACAGAUACUAUACCAUAUUUAUAUAUUAUUCUAUACCUGUAGGUAUUCAGACAAGUAAAUCUGUUCUUUUUGAAUUUAAUAUGGCACUUUGCCCUGCCACAGAGGUAAUGGUGAACUAUUUAUAUAGUUGGAUGUUUUUAUUCUGAAAAAAAUAUGUGCAUCAUUUGCUAUCACUAGUACCUCUCAGCUUAGUCUUCAGGGGAUAAGAAACAAUCCAUAGAUUGGUUUCCGUACAGGGAAGUUCUCUGUCCUAUGCAAUGUUGCUAGUUAAUUUGCUUAGUUCUGAGCCAUUUAUUCUGCUAAAUUUUGGAAGAUGCAUUAAUUCAGACUUAUCAUUUGCGGCUUUAUUUUUAAAGUUAGAACUUUCAAGGGGAAAUGGUGCUAUAUGUUCAUUGUUAUUACUUUCUAUAAGUUUGGUGUAAUGUUAACAAGCUAUGAGAAUCUGUGCUGAAAGUAUUAGCCAUUUGUUAUAAAUGCCAAUAAAAUUUACACCAGGGCAAGAA